AUGCCGAGGUAUUAUCAUUCACAUUAUCAUAGAAGUGCUUAUAUUCAAGCUCGACCAUUUGAUGAAUUUUUGAUUGGACAACCUAUUGAUCAUGUAGUUUCUUCAGGUGGUAUCAGUGAUAUUCAGAUUGCUGCACGACAAGAUCCUUCUUCAGCGCAGAAUUAUGUUCCUUCUGGAUCAUUUGCUCAGAACGCAUUAUCAACUGCACUUUUACGUCCUGGUCCUUCUAUCGAUAUAUUUAAAUAG